AUGACGUCUAGUACCUUUUGGUUCCGAGAGGAAACGGAACUUUUUGAUGCACUUACGGGCUGCAACCUUCUGAAACUCGAGCUGAAGAAUGCCUGGCUCUCAGUAGACGGCCUCACUCCACUGCCAAAGCUCAAGUGUCUUGAGUUCAUAAGACUCGACGAUGAAGACUUGAACAAGAUCAACACUUGCUUUCCUUCUCUGCAAGUUCUGAAUUUAUUAGGUGUUGGAGGGCUCAAGGAUCCGAGGAUCCAGCUCUUGCAUUUUAACUCCUGUCAAUGGACCGUCUCGAAUGUUCUCCUCACUCUCUCCAUCUUUGCUCCAAACCUUGAAAAACUCAAAUUGAGGUGCAUAAAGCCAAGUCCUCUCGUCCUUGAAGCCCCUGAUUUCAACCUCUCCAUUGUCCAAGCAAAAUUCAUAGAAGUGGGCUGUCUUAGUAAUCUCAGAAGUCUACAGCUAAGCUCUCCGAAUCUAUGCAGCCUUAUGGAGGCCUUUUCAUGUGCUGAAGCAGUCGAGAAUCUGACCGUGAACUCACAGUGGACCAGAGACUCAAAUACUGGGGGAAUUAUGACUGCAAAAACUGACCCUCAUAUGCUGUUUGAGAGUUUCCCUAGCAUGACUACCCUGACAGUGGGCCCCCGGGCUUGGUUAGAUCUCGAGCUCUGCAAUUUGAGGGAGCUCACGAUCCCCGUGCAUGAGGAUGAUGAUCCGAAGUUGGUUAAAAACGCUAUACUGAGGUUGAGCAGUCAUUAUUCACUGGUGAGGUGGAAAUUGGGGAGUUGGGAGGAAGUUGACGAGGCGGCAUUCAAUCCUUCUGGGUGGGAGAUAGUCGUUCAAUCUCAGGAGGAUGGACUGACUGGUCAGAAUACAUUAUUGCAGCACGGAUUUUGUCAAGAUAAAGAUUGUAUAGUGGGUGAAUCUGUAGAUUCACUUGUGAGAGUGCAGUUCUCUUUGUGA